AUGCCCCGGCUGCGUGCCGCUCGCGCCGCCUGGUAUGCUGGCCAGGAGCUCGACGCAUACCUCCGCCAGCGCGCAUGGCACUGGACAGUGAAGCGCAACUACGCCCUCGCGGCGGACUACUGCAUUCGACUGCUGAACCGGCACCCGCAAGACACGCUGGGGCUCGUCCUCGGUGAGGUGGCGGGCCGCUACACCAGUCAAGACACCUUUGUAUCCAAGUGCGCGCAGGCACUGCAGGAGAGCUGUCAGCGCAAGGGCGUGGCCAGCGUGCCGGAGCUCGUGCAGUGCACCUUGGCGACAGCGGCAACCAGCCCGGCCUCCUCGUCGACAGCGGCAACUGCGAGCGUCACGCAACUUCCCUCCGCUGAUGCCGUGCUGGCGCUGCAGACCGAUGAAGCUAAAGGGGAGGCGGACACAGGCGCUCUCAAGGGCGAGUCUCUCUACGUGCACAACAGCGAACCGCCGGACUCCAUCCACCAGGCGGUGCGGCGCUCCUGUCUGCGCAGUGCGACGCCGCCGCUGGCAGAGCUGCUGGAGCCGGCGCAGUCGACCUACGGGCGGGGACUUUACGCGACGCGGCACAUCCAGCCGCGGAACAGCAUCCUGUGCGAGUCACCGCUGCUCGUCCAGCGCUGCGAUGACACGAAGUGCGCGCACUGCCUCGCGCCACUGUCCGCCCGCAGCGGCAGCAGCAUCACCAACACAGGGGUCAGCGACCCCCUCGCGCUUGGUGUGGCUUGCCCGCACUGCGAGCAGGAGACGUACUGCUCCGAGGACUGUAGAGACGCGGCGUGGGAGCAGUACCAUGUCUGCAGCUGCGCCUCCAGAAACCCUGAGCUAGCGCAGUGGACUGAAGGUAUGCGCGAGCUGCUGCACCGCGGCGGCCCAGGAGCCGCAUCGGCGGCGUCCGAUGAAGCAGGCGUCGUGAACUCCGGCUCCGAGGCGCGCGCAGCACUGUCGUGCCUGACAGUGGCGAAGAUAUGUGCCAUGGCAACCGUGCAGCAGGUGCACCCGCUGAGCCUGCCGGGGAUCUCGUGUCUGCGCGGCACCGCUGACUACGAGCCAGCAACAGCCCUCAGCGAGAUUGGCGCUCUCGCAGUCGCCCUGAGCGCGGCACUACGACAGCCAAACCUAUACAUGGAGGAGGUGCUGUCAGUCUUCGCACUGCUGCACGUGAACGAGUUCUUCGCAGGGAGCGGCAUCGCGCUGUACUCGGUGCUGAGCAUGCUGAACCACAGCUGUGACCCGAACUGCGCCUUGGUGAGCGCGGCUAACUCGCCGAUGGCGGGCACACACGGAUCAAGAAGGCACAAGAGCGCCAUGGAGAAGUGCCUCGUCGCGCUGCGGCCGAUCCGUGACGGCGAGCAGCUGUUCAUCGACUACAACGCUGCCCUCACGACGAAGCUCGGCUACGAGGAACGCAAGACGCUCUGUGCGCAGCGGCACUUCGAGUGUUACUGCCCCCGCUGCAUCCGCCACGAAUGA